UCACGCACACCUCUACUUCUCCCUUUUCUUAUUUCUUUCUUCUUUUUCCCUGUUCUUCUUUCCUCCUUCGUUCUGUUCUUCUUGAGACCGAACAAAGAGGGAGAGACCGGGGAGAGAGUGAGAUCGAGAGAGAUGAGAUACUGAGAGAGAGAGAGAGAGAGAGAGAUCAUGAGACAGAGAGAUCAGGAGAGGAUCCGAGCGGAACCCAGCAACCCAAGAACCAGAGGACGGCCGGAGAUCCCAGUUCUGUGAAUUCCGGCAACCUGUAAUGUGGGUUUCUGGCGAGCUCGUGAACCAGACGUAACUCGGGAGGAGCUCCGAUCGUGAAACCCGUGACCCGCAACCCUCCAGACCCGAGAGAGAGAACCCGGGCGGUUCGUGAACCCAUGAGGACCCGAUCCUCCAUGGGUCACCGGAGGCAGAGCGAUUUCCGGCGGAACCCAUACCCAAUUUCCGGUGACCCAGGGUGUUUUUCCGGCGAUCUAUGUAGAGAAUCAUUACCUUACUGAUUCUACCCCUUUUCUAGUGGAUUCUCUAUGAAAACUAUCAAGGUAGAAAGUCGACUCUGACGCUAAUGGCAAAUUCAGAUGAGGAAGAGGUUGAACCAGUUGCUGGCAAGAGAGUGAGGAAGGAAACUGGCUUGGCUUCAGGAAAGCUUGAUAAAGAUGAACCUGGUGCAAAAUUGAAGAAGAGAACAAGGGUGCUUGUUGAGGAAUUGAAUUCUCAGGGUUACUACAAUUCCUGCGGGGAAUGGGCUUGGCGAAUAGGAUUUCGUCAUGGAACUCCACAAACCUGGAGAGGUCUUUGAGGACCCCAGAGGGUGAGAAGCAGAUUGGAAUAAUCUUUUGCGGAGAAUGGAGCCUCCGGACAAGACACCGCUGUGGAGCGAGAUGACACCAUGAAGGGCGGCGUGGGUGAGGUCGAGGAGGCGGCAGAGGGGGAUGGCCUUAAAGAUGCAAGUCAACUGUAUUCUCAAUAUGAGCUCUUUUUGAAGAAUCUGCUUAAUUAACUUCUUCUUGUUGUCUUUUGCUCUUAAUUUGGUGAGCUUUUGUUUUCUCCUUCAUUGGGUGUAGUGCCCCUCAACCAAAGACAUGGUGGCCUAAAGUGCAAAAUAAAACAGGUCUUCCUUUUGACAUGUAAAUUAAGGUAGAGAAGUACGUAAUGUUUUAAGAUUUUGAUCGAAGACCAUUUCCCCUAAGCUAAUAUAGCGGAGAUCAGGCCUAGUCCGCCACUGUAUCCGCCCUCAGCAGAAGAAGGUUUUCAACUUUUCAGCAUCCGGCUUUCCGUAAAUUCACCUAGCUGACAUGACAUGUAUUCUUAAAUCUUACUUGGACCCAUGCUUCCAAAGCCUUUUUAUCUCUCGAUCUUACUGUAGCAUAAAAAUCCUGAUGCUUUACACCCAGAUACAUGCCUUCAAAGUAAUUAAGUGUCCUGUCCUGCCCAUGUCAUGCAAUCACCCUCAAACCAUCUGUCCAUCACACUGAUUUAAUCUGAUCCCCUCAUUUCAACAUCUUGUAUGUAUUUUUCAUCUACAAUUAAGGGUUAAUUAAGUGUCCUGUCCUGCCCAAGUCAU